AUGCGGGCCGGUGGUGCUCCGAAUCCCUCCGGCCCGGGCGGAGCCGCACCGCUUCCUCCCCCACCCGACAUUGAGAUUGGCGCUGUCGUCUUCAUGACGAGCGUGCAACACGCGCAGGCCUCUAAGCGGCGGCUCACAAGGCAGCAGCAGCAGCGGCGGGAAUCCGUUGCAUUUAUGGAUCAACUGCUCUUGCUGCGUCAUGGGGAGCGGCUGGACCACGUGGAUCGGGCGUGGCGGGCCAUCUCGCAGCUACCAGACACCGAUCCCCCGCUUUCCGCCGCCGGUCGACGGCAGGCCCUUGAAACAGGGCUCACGUUUUUGCGGAAGCGAAGGCAUGGUAAGGUGCGGCAGCGGGCGUUAGGAAUGCUCUCGUUGCUGCUCGUUUCCCCUUUUCACCGUUGCAUCGAGACAGCUCUCAUUGUGAACAUCGUCGGCUUUGACGGGAAGCUUGCCUUGUUUGUCGAUCCCCUGUUGUCAGAAUGGCACUCCGCAAAGUUGUUUUCCCGUCCACCGAGGUUGGGCGGCAGGUAUUUCUUCACCACAGACACGAUCACCUUUAGGCCGCACUGGGAGACGUUGUGUACGUCUCUGGGGGCCUUUUUUCGCUCCGCUGGGGGCGGCACGGAGGACGACAUUGACGAUGCCAUGACCGCGCGAUGGCUGACGGUGCUUGAGGAGCGGUGGGCACAGAAGCCUGCCUUCCCUGUCUGGACCUCUGCCUCGAUGCGGCAGUCGUUGCGCAGGAAAGCGUGCGCGGAGGAUGGUGCGGCGCAGCGUGUUUUUGGCAGCAUCAGCAGCGACCUCACGGGUAUAAAUUACCCAGAGAACCCGACGCAUAUGCUGCGCCGAGUUGGGGAGGCGAUUCAAGUGCGUUUUGACGCCAGCGCAGGGGAGGCCGCUGGCGUGCCCAUGUGCGUUAAAGAGGCCGAAGCGCAGGAGGCAAGACGUCUGCCUCGGAGAUUUGUGCAUCAAUCAGCGAUGAGGUCAGCUGUGGCAGCGGCACGCGAGGAGGGUGCGGUGCUGUUGCCACCAACCCGUAUUAUGAUGGUGACACACGCGGAGGCGGUGGCGAUGGCGGUGAAGCACUGCUGCCCCAGGCACCACAGCUUGGACAACCGAGUUUCCGCCCCGUACUGCAGCCUCACCGCCCUCUCGCGUGUGAAUGAUUAUUACUGCACCCUCGACGACGAGGCACCGGAGGCGCGGAGACCUCGCAAGGGGUCAGAGAAGUCGUGGUGCGUGGCGAUGGCGGGGUCAACAGAGCACCUGCAGACAACUAUUCUCCUGCAGUACAGUUAG